AUGAUUCCGCAGAUUCUGGUUGACAAAGUGCUAGCUAGAGCGCGAGAAAACGCAGCUCACAGCUGGGAGUAUGGGACCGUGUUCGAAGCGCUACUCGAGUACCGGAACCCUCAAGUUGGUGUCUUUUAUAACCCAUUUCCGGGGGGUAAGAUACCAGAGUUGGGGAUCGAGGAUAUAGAAGCACUGCAGUAUGUGAAGCCAUUCAUACAAACUGACAGUUCAUCUUCCGAUCCAACAUCCCUCUGCAUCCCUGCUCUCCUCCUUUCCAAGUCAGCAACGUUCCCCGGGUCUGACAACCCAUAUCUCUCCGCCGUAGACCGCCAACUGCGCGAUCUGCUUUCUACUACGCCUAGAUAUCCUAAUGAUGCCAUAUCGCACCGCGAUGCGUACCCUUCCCUAUGGGCGGAUUUCAUCUACAUGGUACCACCUGCCCUCGCCUACCACGGUAUCUUCACCGCAGAUAUAGGCAUGGUGAAGGAGAGCGUCCGGCAAUGCAAGCUAUACUGCGAGGUGCUGAGUACGCAAAAAGGGUAUUGGCAACACAUAGCCAAUGGUAAGAGUGUAGGCAGUGUGAAGAGUGAUGACGGCGCAUGGUGUACGAGCAAUGCUUGGGCUGCAGCUGGAAUGGCGAGGGUCUUGGCUACUUUACGGAAAUCUCAAUAUGCGUCGGAAACCGAGGACGAGCAGAAGGCGUUACUGAAGAUGACUCGAGGGAUUCUUGAUGGCGCCAUGGAAGCUGAUACUGAUACUUCGGGCUUGCUACGCAAUUAUCUCGAUGACGAGAGUUGGUUUGCAGAGGUCGCUGGGACGGCAUUAAUGGCUGCUACAGCUUUCAGGAUGGCGAUCCUCGAGCCUGUAAUUUUCGGAGAGCGGUAUACGGAGUGGGCGACAACGAAGCUGGAAGCUGUUGGUCGUCAUAUAGAUGAGGAGACUGGUAUAGCGGCCCCGGUCGUCAACUCUCUGAAUGAGGGCCAGAGGACGCCACUGGAGGGUGUUAACCCUGAGGGACAGGCUUUCGUCGUGUUGCUAUAUGCUGCAUGGAGAGAUUGGAACGCCCCAGCCAGUACCGCACCAAAAGUGGCGGAAGGAACUUACCUGUCAACGUGA